AGAGAAAAGUGUCUAAAUUUCAAACAGUGAAGAGAAAUGUAAAACCAAAAUGAUUCAAAAAACAGUAAGAUACUAUACUGCCCAUUACUUCACAGCCUGUAAGGAAAGCCUUGAAAAUCCGACAAUUCAAAGAUAAUUCCAAGCAUCCCAUGUGGGAUUCUUCCUUUUCUUCUCCUCAUCAGCUCUUUCUUUGUUGUUCGGUUCUUGCUGCGUGUUUCAUUUUUCCCUCUUCUCCUCCUCUCUGGUGUGAGAGCCACAUUCCCUGAGAAAAGAAACCCCUGUUCAACUUCCCUUAGGCCUUUUGUUUUUCAAUAUGUGGGAGUCAGAGACUGAAUCUGUAAGAGGGAGUUGCUAUCGGAAUGGAGUCCUUAGCUCCAGUAAACAUGCCGUCAAGACUGAUGGGUUUGAGCUUAGGGGCCAGUCCUGGUACGUUGCUACUGAUAUUCCAAGUGACCUCCCAGUUCAGGUUGGAGAUGUCAAUUUUCACUUGCACAAGUAUCCCCUGCUUUCCCGAAGUGGAAAGAUGAAUAGGCUUAUAUAUGAGUCACACGAACCAGACCUGAACAAAAUUGUUUUGGAAGAUCUUCCUGGAGGACCUGAGGCAUUUGAGCUAGCUGCAAAAUUCUGCUAUGGUAUUGCAGUAGACUUAACGGCAGGGAAUAUAUCUGAUCUGAGAUGUGCUGCAGAGUACCUUGAGAUGACAGAGGACUUGGAAGAGGGCAAUCUUAUAUUCAAAACUGAAGCAUUUCUCAGCUAUGUGGUCCUAUCCUCCUGGAGAGACUCAAUACUUGUACUAAAAAGUUGUGAAAAGCUCUCACCAUGGGCUGAAAACCUUCAAAUUGUGCGGAGAUGCAGUGAGUCAAUAGCUUGGAAGGCUUGUGCCAAUCCAAAAGGAAUCAAAUGGGCAUAUACCGGGAAACCCACUCAAGUUUCUAGCCCCAAAUGGAAAGAUUUGAAGGAUUCAAGCCCCAGUAGAAGCCAGCCUGUUCCUCCUGAUUGGUGGUUUGAAGAUGUUUCAAUCCUCAGGAUUGACCACUUUGUAAGGGUUAUUACCGCAAUCAAGGUCAAGGGGAUGCGAUUUGAAUUGAUUGGGGCUUCAAUAAUGCAUUAUGCACUCAAAUGGCUUCAAGGUUUGAUAAAAGAUGGUCAGGGGCAAGCAGAUGAUAUGAGCAUUAGCAGCAAUAGCAAUAGCAGUGGCAGCAGUAGCUGGAAAGGUGGACUCCAUAUGAUUGUAGCGGGAACUAAAGAUGACACUCCAUCCAUUCAGGCCAAAGAUCAAAGGAUGAUCAUUGAAAGUCUCAUUAGCAUAAUUCCACCACAGAAAGACACUGUGUCAUGCAGUUUUCUUCUUCGGCUUUUGAGGAUGGCAAACAUGUUGAAAGUGGCACCUGCUUUGGUAACUGAAUUGGAGAAGCGGGUGGGAAUGCAGUUUGAACAGGCUACACUGGCAGAUCUUCUUAUUCCUUCUUAUAAUAAAAGUGAAACAUUGUAUGAUGUGGACCUUGUUCAGAGACUCUUGGAGCAUUUCCUUGUUCAAGAGCAGACAGAAAGUUCGAGCCCAAGUAGACAAUCUUUUUCUGACAAACACAUGUAUGAAGGAACGCAAAUGGGCAAUAAUCCAAAUGCCAAGAUGAGAGUCGCUAGGCUAGUUGAUAGUUAUCUUACAGAGGUUUCCAGGGAUAGAAACCUGUCUCUGACAAAGUUUCAGGUUCUGGCAGAAGCUUUGCCCGAGUCUGCAAGGACCUGCGAUGAUGGACUUUAUCGGGCAAUCGAUUCCUACCUUAAGGCCCAUCCAACACUCUCUGAGCAUGAAAGGAAGCGACUCUGCCGUGUCAUGGACUGCCAAAAACUCUCCAUUGAUGCCUGCAUGCAUGCUGCUCAAAAUGAAAGGCUUCCACUGCGAGUUGUGAUGCAGGUGCUCUUCUCCGAGCAAGUGAAAAUAAGCAACGCAUUGGCCAACAGCACCCUCAAAGAUCCUGGAGAAACUCAAUACCAGCCCUUGAUACCGAACCGUAGGACAUUACUUGAAGGGACACCACAAUCGUUCCAAGAAGGAUGGGCAGCUGCUAAGAAGGAUAUUAACACACUCAAGUUUGAGCUGGAGAGUGUGAAGGCUAAGUACCUUGAGCUCCAAAACGACCUGGAGAACUUGCAACGACAAUUUGAUAAGAUGUCAAAGCAGAAACAGACAUCCGCAUGGACCAGUGGAUGGAAGAAACUUAGCAAACUCACCAAGAUGACAACCUCAGAACACCACGACAUUGGACCACAAAUCCCAACCACAGCUGAUCAGAAUAAAAAGACACCUAGAAGAUGGAGAAAUUCAAUUUCAUAAGGGACAAAGGGUCCAAGAAAAACUGAAAAGAAAAGAAUUCCAUAGAAUUAAUAAAAGAAAGGGAUGCCUUACCUCCACAUUUCCAUCCUGUGUUGCUGCCUUUUUUCCUUCAAAUUCAUCUCAUUUUUUUGUCUCAAAUUUAAGGAAGUGUAGUGUUCUUGUUUACAGAAAUUACCUUGAAAAAGAGAAAAAACCACCAUGAAACAAAAGUAAAUUUGUCUUUCAAUGUGUGAUUCACUGAUUUGUUUUAGAGAAUUCUUUGUGUGUGUGUGUGUGUGAUUAUUCUUCUGUAAUUCUCAAUUUAGUACUUGGUUUUCAAAGGAAACUAUAUUUUCAAUUGCCCUAAGCAAGUAAAUCCACA